UGUCAAAACUGUCAACCCAGUGUGAUAAAUCAAAAUCAAUAAAGUAAGGAAAGAACAGACUGAAACCAAAAUGGUAUUGAAUACCAUCUUCAAGUUUCUCACUUCAAACAUUUCCAAAUUCCGCUAAUACUAAAACAUGAUGAUUCUAUUAGUAGGCACUCUUCUCUUAGUCUUGAGCCAAAAGGCAUCUAGUCACUGCAUUGAUAUACAUUCCCAAGUUGUGGCUCAAGGAUUGCAUUAUGUUCCAGGGCCUAAUACUUGCACCCUAUGUAUCUGUGAUAAGGGUAGCCCAAAAUGGUGCAAAUCUGUUUUGUGCAAACCCCCAGAGAACUGUAAAUCUUUUCAAAUCGGCAAUUCUUGUUGCGAAUUCAAAUGUCUGGACGACAUACUCACAAACGAUGGCUACAAAGAUACAUAUGAUCUAGCCUUAAGAUUGAUAGCCAGUGCUUUCACUGCUCUCCUUUCGCUAUCCAUUCUAUUCCUGCUGUACCAUCGAUUACGCAGACGUAAAAUAAGGCUACGACAGACGAGACCUUCAAACGAGGACCAAAGGAGUUUGAAUAGCAUAGGCUACAUAACUGGAGGUUUCGGUUACCACCCAGCUAGUUAUGGCUAUCUUGGAUCUGGAAGCAAUGACCUUGAAUACCCCUACGAACCCAAUACACAGUUUUCGUUGUGGAAACCACCGGGCAAUUAUUUCCCUAGAGGGGAAGCACCUCCACCAUACGAAGAAGCAGUGAGACUGUCACAACUGGAACAUGACAAUACAGCCAACAACAGUGUCGCACCCUCAACAACACAGUGCGUGUCAAAUUCGAAUCAAGUUGGCAACCUUACAUAUACCAUCAGUACAUCCCAUCCUAACACAGCUCAACCACAGUAUCAGAAUGGAUGUUGCGUUCUGCUCACAAGGAACGAGGGAGCUUCCAACGAAAGUAAUAAAGAACAUACGAAGGCUCAGACAUCCUCAUCGAACAACCACAGCUCGAAUGAUAAGGUUCACCAGUCGUCUAGGAGUGAUCACAGCAGCAGUGCGAAAAAGAGCAACAACCCGACCAGACCUUGCACUUCGGAGGGUAGCAAGCAGAAGUCCAAAUCGUUCGAGAACAUAUGCGAAAGAGAAAGGGGAGGCAAUCAAGCAUCCAUGCCUACUAGUUCAGAUGCGAAAAAUCACAUCUACGCAAAUCAGAACAUAGAUCCAGCUCUUCAUCGGCAGAAAUUCGAGGAAGACAGCCAGCGCAUUGCGGCAGCAGCAGCCAGCAACACCCUGAUCAGAAGAUACGUGACCAAGGAUAACAGACAUCGGACGAUUUCAAAGACUUUUCAGAAUAAGAACAAAGUUCCUGUGGUCAACGCAAUGGAAACUGUUGUAAAGGAACCCAAACGCAUGUCAAUGUCUCAGUUGACCCGAGACAUGUCCAGUCAUCGGACUCUGCCAACAAAUCUGAAAGAAAUCAGCAUCGCUUGCACUCCAGAGCCUGUGUCCGAUAGAACGGCUAGAGAAUUAUCGAUUUAUAAGGAUCAUGUAACAGAGAGACCGACAGCUAAAGACGCAACAAUUUACAAAAACCAAUUGCCCGAAGUAUCGACCAACAGAGAACUCUCCAUUUACCGAGAAAAAACAUCAGAGAGACCUUCGAGCAGUAAGGAUUCGAACGGUGCUAAACACGGUUAUAAGAAAGAGAGCGAUACAAACUGUAAGACCCUGACUAAAAGCAGCAAUUGGAGCACAAUUUACAUUCCAAGCAGCUCAAAAACUCCAAUAUUGGACAAGAUUUGUCAGCUCAAAGAAAGUAUACCUUCGACUGCCGUAGAAACCAAAGAUAUCAUACAGUAUUACAAGUCGCACAUACCAGAGGCCGAAAACUCAUAUCAGUGUUUAAAUUCUUCUCAGGAUGAUGACGAAGAUUACAGGAGUGAAUGCGAAAAUUGCAAAUUCGCAGGAAUAACAGAGGGUGAGGAUGAGAUACCUGAGACAAUGACUCUUCAGAGAAGACCGUUAGAAUUAGAGGAAGAGAUGUCUUAUUACCGAACUUCUCUCACACUGCCCACUCACUCUAAAAAGCCUAGCAGGAUUUUGAGUGCCAAACCAGAAAGGGAAAGUUGGUUCCUGACAAUGGAUGAAUAUUCAAGUAGUGAUGAUUCGGCGUAAUUUUAAUUGUUUUCAUAUUUUAUUAUUACCGUUAUAUUUUGAUAUUAUUUAUGUACUGUAAAAUACGUUGAUUCUUCCAUGACUUGAUUAUUGUUAUAUGAAAUUGAAAUAUUAUUGGGUGUGAAAAUUGUAAUGAAUGUAUUUAUGUGAAUUAUGAUAAACAUAUGAUUCUACUGAA